UUGCCGCUGGCUUCACAAAUAGCCACGGUAACUUGCACCGUAAGGUAGCAGCACGCUUCACCCUGUCAAAGAUGUACAGCUGAGCUGAGACAAUCAAGUUUCAUCUCAUUUCUUGUCACUGUAAACUCCCUGCUCUCUUCUACGUCUGCUGAAAAGAAAACUAUCGACGUUAGUGUCUUCUAAUUUAGACAGUAUGACAAAUUACGAAGAAGUCAAAGUUCGUGGCUAUGAAGAUUUUUGCAAAGCUGUAUCCGAGAGGAAGGGAAAAGACAUAUUCGCCUAUUUCUCCGGCAAUAAAGACGAGCAGGGAGUGAGUUGGUGUCCGGAUUGUGUAAAAGCUGAGCCUGUUGUCAGAGGGGAGAUGUCUCACCUGCCAGAAGAUUCUGUCUUUAUAUAUUGCCAAGUUGGAGAAAGACCCUACUGGAAGGACCCCAACAAUGAGUUCAAGAAGACCUUGAAGCUGACUGGUGUUCCCACAUUGCUAAGAUAUGGAACUCCCCAGAAGCUUGUCGAGGAGGAGUGCUUCAAGGCAGAUUUGGUGCGGAUGAUGUUCACUGAAGAUUAGAUGACAUCCACAUGGAUAAUAAAACAUCUUUGUGAUUCAUUUCAUUGUAAUUGCCUUAAAAAUACUUUUAUGUGGUGUAAUUUCUGAAAUAUGACUGAUAGCACUAGUUUAUUCUCAUAGGGUCAUAAAUCCUGCAUUGCAUUUCUGAAUAACUAUAAGAACUAUGUCUUGUAUCACAAAAGUAUAGACAGUAGGCUUCUUGAUGGGUUGUUUUUGUCCUUGACAAUUGGUCAUGCUCUGAAAAAAAAAUUCAUAUGGAAAAUGAUUAAAGCAAAAGACUAAAAGCUCCAAAA